AUGCGCACUACAACUCCCAGAAUGCACAGAGGGCCCCUUACCGUGGACGGCCUAGCUCUUCGCGUUCGUGGUGUAUCCCGGGAUAUGUAGUCUCAUUUCUCCUUGAAGUGCAUUUGAGGAGAGCUGAGGAGCUUGAGAGGUUUGGAGAAUAUUUGCUGGCCCGUCCAAGAGAGAGAGAGAGAGAGGUACUGGAGCAGCAGGGGGAGGAAACCCUCUGUUAUUUAUUAUUAUUAUUAUUAUUAUUAUUAUUACUACUACUACUACUACUACUGGGGGGGACAUUGAAUUGUGGAGAUUUAACCUUCUCUCAGCAGCAGAGGAAGAUAAGAGACUUGGCUACUUUUACUCUUCCCUUCCUCCCCUUUUUCAAAAAUUCUAAAUGCUGGAGAAGGGCAAUUGGAAAACACGAAAAAUUAAUUUCAAAUUCCUGACACCUGCAAAGUUGUUGAAUUUUUUCUUAGGAAGACCCCAAAAUUGAUAGUUGUUUAUUUCCUUGACAUCUGAUGGGAGGGCGCCACCACCGAGAAGGCCCUCUGCCUGGUUCCCUGUAACCUCACUUCUUGCAGGGAGGGAACCGCCAGAAGGCCCUCUGAGCUGUACCUCAGUGUCUGGCCUGAAUGAUGGGGGUGGAGAUGCUCCUUUCGGUGUACUGGGCUGAGGCCAUUUAGGACUUCAAAGGUCAGCACCAACACUUUGAAUUGUGCUCGGAAAUGUAUUGGGAGCCAAUGUAGGUCUUUCAGGACCAGUGUUAUGUGGUCUCAGUGGCCGCUCCCAGUCACUAGUCUAGCUGCCGCAUUCUGGAUUAGUUGUAGUUUCCGGGUCACCUUCAAAGGUAGCCCCACCUAGAGCGCACUGCAGUAGUCCAAGCAGGAGAUAACUAGAGCAUGCACCACUCUGGCGAGACAGUCCGCAGGCAGGUAACGUCUCAGCCUGCGUACCAGAUGGAGCUGGUAAACAGCUGCCCUGGACACAGAACUGACCUGCGCCUUCAUGGACAGUUGUGAGUCCAAAAUGACUCCCAGGCUGUGCACCUGGUUCUUCAGGGGCACGGAUACCCCAUUCAGGACCAGGGAGUCCUCCACACCUGCCCUCCCCCUGUCCCCCAAAAACAGUACUUCUGUCUUGUCAGGAUUCAACCUCAGUCUGUUAGCCGCCAUCCGUCCUCCAACCGCCUCCAGACACUCAAACAAGACAAUCACUGUCUUCACUGGCUCUGAUUUAAAAGAGAGGUAGAGGUAGGGAAGGUGACUGGCCCAAGGUCAUCCAGCAACCUUCAUGACCAAGUAGGGAUUCGAACCCAUGUCUUGAUAGUUUUUGUUCAGCACUUCAACCACUAUAACUCAACCACUUUCAAGCCCUUAGCAGCAGAAUCCCCAUUUAUCCAUGUGUGCACUGAGAGGGUAACGAAAGUCUUCUUUAUUUUGGGGUUUGGGGGUGUUGCAAGACCAGAGGAAAGGACAUAUUACCACCACCUGCUGACAAUAGUGCUAUUGUUUCACAAAUGUAAAAAAGGAUCAUGCCAGAGAGGAGCUUUCUUGUGUAAGAAGCUAGUUUCUAAACAGGAAGUUAUUUUGUUGGCAGAAAUAAGUCCGUCCACAUGCAAUCUGGAGUGUUGUGUAGCCCAGAAACCAGCUUAACAUCUCAUUUAGAACUAGGAAGCUCGUUGCAUAGUGUAAAAAGUUGGGUCAUCCUCAUUGUGAUCUUGAAUAUUGGAGUCCAAAUUUUGAAUUUUAACUAUCCAAAUAUGCUCAGUUGGUAGAGCAUGAGACUCUUAAUCUCAGGGUCAUGGGUUCCAUUGGACUAGAUGACUAGAUCAUGGUCCCUUCUAAGUCUACGAAAUGAACUACUGUAAUUUAUCGAACUGGAAGUUUGCUCGUGUGACUUAAAUUUUAAAACCUGUCAUUGCUUGUAAUAUUUAUGCAAAUCUAGCAUACAGAACUGAGCCCUGAAUAGUGUCUCUCUCUGCCCGUUGUAGUUCAUAACCUAUGACCAGUCACAACAAAACCCAGAAUUGAUUUGUUUUGCAUUUCCAUUAGGCAUAUAAAUCCUGCUUUGGGGCUUACUGCAAGCAUCUGGUUGAUCACUCUGAGAAUAAUAAGUUGAACUAAAUGGUCCUUUGUCCUGAUCCAGAAGGCUCUUGUUCAUAGCUGUCAACCUUCCCUUUUUUUGUGGGAAAUUCCCUUAUUCCAGCGCCGUUUCCCACUGCUAUCCCGGAUUGUUAGAUAUCCCAUAGACCGUCAUGUAGACUUGGGUGUAGUUAAUGAUCAUGCAGGCAUCUGUAUUGCAAGCCCUUUUUUUCUGCGUUUGGUGUUCUUAAGCUAUGGUAUUAUGAGUUUACAAGUGGAACCAGCAACAAAACAUUGCAAUAUAAAAUGCUUCUGAUCAGGGUUCCCACCCACCCAACCAGCCAUGUUGUUUUCCAAGGUACUCCAUUCUGACCCCAGCUACAAUCCUGUCAUCACUUGCCAAUUAAUUUUGGCCUUAAAGGGGAUUAUUUUGACUAAGGGCAGCUGCACGUGCCCAUUUUGACUAACAGCUUGCCAUUUUGCUUGGGCAGGAAAGUUUGCCAUGUGCAAAACACUGUCACCCUAGUUCAGAGAAUGGGAUCCACCCUCGGGAGCGAGGCUUCCACAUGCAUGUCACUUGCUGGAGCAGGAACCACCGUCAUAAAUCGGACACAGCUUCAGCUGCAGAGCUGUUCUAUCUGUACUGCAUUGCUUUCAGUAGGGCAGAACUGAACUUUUACUCCAUCUACGUGACUGUGCAAGCAGUAAAUGUCGUUCCUUUUUAUGUCACUAGGAUGGAUUAUAUAACCCCACCCCCACCCUAAAAUACUGACUUUAAUUCAACUAUUUAAUUCAUAUAUUUUCUGAACAAGAUAACACAUGUUACUGUUUGCUGUAACGAAGAUAAUGUUUGUUUGCUACGAAGCAGAGCAUUUACACAAUCUAGGACAGGAGCACAAACCUAAACCUUCAUUUGAAGUCAACUGGCUUUAAAAUGUCUUAACUCUAGGUGGAUUGUGCCCUAAAUGUCCAUGCCAUUUGUUUGACAGCCAUAUGACCUAAAUUCAGAUUCUCCCUCCCACCUCCCGUUUGUUCUUCUACGUAGAAAAGCAAAAGGGUGUUUGUCAGAGGAGCACGGAUUUAUUUUCAGUGUCAUUUAAAACAUGUUGGCUUGUAUUAAAAGCCGACUUCAUUUUAAACCAAAUAAUGUGGGGGUUUGUUUUUGUUUUGUUUUUUUAAAAAGAAGAUUUUGCUUAUUUUAAAAGAACAAAAGAUGGGAAAUUGUAAAAAUCGUUUAUGGUUUUUUGUUCAUCCUGCCUGCAGCUCGAACUGAAUUGGGUCAGAUGUCUUUGACUGGUCAUUUAUGGGAGCAAAAGACUAGUUCAGUUAAAAACUGAAUCUAUAUAUGCUCUUUAACACGUGGGAGGUGGGUCUGCAGAUUAAACAUAGUUCUCACUGAAAUGAUAACGGUGUGCCUGAGCUUUACCAAUUUAGCAUACUCAUAUGUAUGAGGCUUAUAUCUAUGAAUAAUGUGCCUUAGGAUGAUGGACUGGCUCCUGCUAAAAUAUUCCCUUAGCAUAGAACAGGCACGUCCAACAGGUAGAUUGUGAUCUACCUGUAGAUCACUGGACAUCUGUGGUAGAUCACUGGCUCUCCCCAAAGAAGCUCAACAAGUUUGGCUCCCCUAAAAAAAGCUCUGCACCCCCAAAAAAGGGGCUUUCCUCCUCCCUACAAAAAGCUCAACAACUUUGACCUGAACCCCCCAAAAGGGGGUAUAUCACUACCAGUCUUUAACUCCAUGAGUAGAUCACAGUCUCUUGGGAGUUGGCCACCCUGGCAUAGAAGACUAGACAUCGAGGGAAAGAUUCUAGCCUCAUCUUUUCCCUGAUGCACCACUUUUCUAUGUGUAGAGAUCUAUUGCUUUUUUUAAAAAAAUAGUUUCUAGAUGACCCUUGGGGUCCCUUCCAACUCUACAGCUUUGUGAUCAUGGAAGCCUCUAGUGGAAUUCUGAAGUUGUCUUCUUCUUUGGUGAUCACUUGUAGCCAAGUAAGAUUGUCUUCCAUAAACAUGGUUUUAACAGUGAGUCCGUAAGUGACUCUGGAGGCCAAUUCUGGAUCCACACAUCAUUCCACAGUGGGAGCAUAGGUUUGCAGGUGGGAGUUGAUCACGGUGAGGGUUUGCCAAGCGUGCCUUCCUCUUAGCAUGUUGUGUAACCCUGGCAUUACCAUUUUAAUUAAAAGGUAAGAAUGAUCUCGAAUCUGAAGAAAGAGAAAUAUAUUGUCAGAGCUAAUACGAAAGCUUUCAAGGAGCGCGCACACACUUGUAUAAGGAAAUGAAGAAUUGUUAAAAAUAAACGCCUAGGAGAAUAUGCAGCCCACAGAACAAUCAGCCCUGCAGAGAUAUUCUUGUAGAAUCGGCAACAGACUGCGGAAAAUCAAAUGGUAGCCCCUGAAAGGCAGUUUCUUUUAUUAAAUGUAAACAGAUCACUAGGGAAACAUGCUCAAAUGAUGGCCAACCUAAAUUUUAUGACUGUCUAAUCUUUCAGACUAGGAAAUACUGAUAGCAGAAUGGGGCAUUGAGUCCUGCCCAGGAUAGUUCUAAGAGCAAAAAUACACGCUCUGGAAGGCCAAACAGUAAAAAUAAAUAGUUUCCUCAGUUUAACAGAUAAGGGAGGUAUAAGCCCCUACAGUCCAAAGACAAUUGGAAAGCUUUUCCCAUUUCCUUCCUCCUUGCAGAGAAAUAUUGGAGGUCAAUUUGGGAGAGUCAAAAUGGCUUCAGGAUUGUUCUCCUGUACAGUGGUACUUCUGGAUACGAACGGGAUCCGUUCCGGAGCCCCGUUCGCAUCCUGAAGCGAACACAACCUGUGCGGGUCGCGAUUCGCCGCUUCUGCGCAUGCGCGUGACGUCAUUUUGACCGUCUGCGCAUACACGAGCGGAGAACCCUGGAAGUAAUGCAUUCUGUUACUUCUGGGUCACCGUGGAGCGCAACCCGAAAACACUCAACCUGAAGCAACUUCAACCCAAGGUAUGACUGUACUAUUUCAAACACAUGAUUUAUAUCAGGCUUCUUCAACCUCGGCCCUCCAGAUGUUUUUGGCCUACAACUCCCAUGAUCCCUAGCUAGCAGGACCAGUGGUCAGCGAUAAUGGGAAUUGUAGUCUCAAAACAUCUGGAGGGCCGAGGUUGAGGAAGCCUGGUUUAUAUACUGUACUUAUGUAUGUGUUUGCCGUGUACAUUUAUGAACAUUUAUUUUAUAUUUGAGACCUUGGAAUUCAUGUAACAGAGGUUGUAGGCAGAAUCCAAUGAAGUCUGCCUGCCUGUGCAUCAAAAAUCCAUUUGCGCUAUGGGGAUCCUGGUCUUUUGGCUUUUCCCCCUUCCUCCUCCACCACUCUGCCCCGCACCCACCCCAUAAUCUGCUCUGGAGGUUUCAUGAAACAUCAACCUAUAUAGAGCACAGUCAUACUUCCAUGCAAUUAUUGCAACUAGAGCAAGAACUGCCUGCCCCCAGAAGUCAAAUGUGCACUUGCUCUCAAACCCAGAAGUAAUCAGGAUAUGUGAAGAAUUGCAUUCCCCUCCCUGUUAAUAAUGCUCCAGAGACAGCAAGUGUGGGAUGCUAGCAAAGCAUUUCUAAGAGGUAUUCUGUGUCAGCAUCGCCCUUGAGCCAGUGCCACCAACUGGACUCAUCCACUUCAGCCCUGACUGGGCUAGGCGAGCUGGGUAGCACUUCCAGAGACCACCUUCUGCACAGGAACAGGUCAAAGUGCUGUGGACUCACAGCUUAGAGUUGUGAGCACUGGAUUCACUUCCACAAGAAGACAGUCGUCGCACAGCAGAGUACAGCAGACUCUAGCAGAGUAUAUAAACAACUCGGAGAGCAGCUCUGUAGAAUAUCUUUAUUCUAUCUACAACUAUUAUACAACUAUAUACAGAGCUAAAUAGGUCUAAGCAUAAAUGAAUGCUGCACUGCACUGAGUGUCUGCAGCUGCUCUUAGCAGCAACCUUAUCUCUAAACACGAUCUCUAACACUCAGUCUCUCUCUCUCUCUCCGACACUGACUGACUGACUGACUCGGUGCUGGAGCAGAAUAAGUAGAGAGCAGAACACGCCUCCUCCUCUCUGGAGAAUCAGCAGACUCCUCAGGAGAUUCUUGGAUAUGGGAGGGGUGAAAUCUCCUCAUUCUGAACCCACUCAGUGCUUAUCGUGAAAAGAAAAGAACAGGCAAAACAGAAAAACGAAUUUGUACUGGAGAUUAAUAACGAAGAAAAAGAGCAUAAGAAGGCAGCCACUUAAAACAGUUCUUAAUAAAUUAAGGACAGUGGUACCUCGGGUUAAGUACUUAAUUCGUUCCAGAGGUCUGUUCUUAACCUGAAAUUGUUCUUAACCUGAAGCACCACUUUAGCUAAUGGGGCCUCCUGCUGCUGCCGUGCCGCCGGAGCACAAUUUCUGUUCUCAUCCUGAAGCAAAGUUCUUAACCCGAGGUAAUAUUUCUGGGUUAGCGGAGUCUGUAACCUGAAGCGUAUGUAACCCGAGGUACCACUGUAUUUGGGAACAAAUGAACUUGGAACUUUUAGAAACACAGACUCUUAAUUUCAGUAAGCAAAACAAAAUUAAUGUGGGAAUAAAUUGCUUGAGUUACCUGCAUAUCAGGUUAAAGAAAGAACAACAUAUGAACCCAGUUCCUCCAAUAAAAAGGGGAAUUGAUAUAGCUAGGUCUUUGGAAGAGAUUAUUUAUUUAGGGCACUUACAAAACAUGCCAGAGCAUACAGGUGUUUGCAGUGGUUUGGUGUUCAGCUUUGGAUUGGUGGGAACAAAGCAUUCUAUUCUGACUCUCUUUUUAACAUGCUUAUGUGGUUUCUUUUUUUGUGUAUUUAAUUUGUUUUCAAAUCACUUCAGGGCAUUUUUUUUCUUAUUUUUUUGUCGUGGAAAGCAAUAUAUACAUUUAAUAAACCUAACCGAAAUGUCAUUGUACCUAUUUGAAACAAACAAAAAAUACAAAUCAAGUUACCAAACAAAUUGACUUUAAAUCAGCUCAAUGCCUGGGUAACGAAAAUAUCUUCAUAUGCAGGGCUGGGUUAAGACCUUUAGAGGCCCUAAGCGCUUAAAAGAUUUGGGUUCCUCUUCAUAUAUAUCUAAUUCAAAAUAUAAACCCUAAAAUAAAAUUUUGUUUUUCGAAAUGAAACAACCUACAGUAAAAUGGAAAAUGAUGUUUAUUUUUCCAUAUAAAUAAUGUUUAUUUUUGUUCAGCUGCGCCAUAUGGUCCAUGGUAAAUCCAGCAAUGGAAUUUUUUUGUGGUGCCCCUCUUCCCUUGAUACCCUAAGCAUGUGAUUAUUUUGCUUAAUGCUUAAUCCAGCCCUGUUCAGAAGACACCUCCAGAACCUACCAGGGCCAAGGCCAGCUAGAUUCCAUAAUCACUGUUCUCUUGUUGAGAAAGCCUUCUCACAUAUUGCUGCAUAUCACACAGUUGGUAAGUGCAGGAUUUUUAAGAGUGCACCCCCACAUAGAAUCAUAUAAUUGUGGAGUUGGAAGGGACCCUGAGGAUCAUCUAGUCCAACCCCCUAGAAUUCAGCAAUCUGUAGCUGUCUCAUACAGGGAUCAAACUUGCAACCUUGGAAUUAUCAGCACCAUGCUCUAACCAACCGAGCUAUCCAGACUCUGAUCUUGUGCUGCAAGUAGUUAAGGAUUUCAUUAUUUAAUGGGCACAGAACUUAGGGAGGGAAGUGUGGGGGAAAGAGCACAGGUUUUCUCCAAACAUGAAUCAAAAAUAAAAUUGCUAUAAGAUUAUGGCUAGAUGGCAUGUCCUUGGAAACAAGUACAGUCGUACCUUGGAAGCUGAACGCCUUAGGACUCUAACCUUUUGGCUCCCAAACGCUGCAAAGCCGGAAGUGAGUGUUCCGGUUUGCAAACAUUAUUUGGAAGCCAAAUGUCCAACGUGGCUUACGCAUGCAGGAAGAUCCUGCAGCCAAUCAGAAGCUGCGUCUUGGUUGUCAAAUGUUUUCAGAAGUCGAACGGACUUCCGGAACGGAUUCCGUUCGACAACCAAGGUAUGACUGUACUCCUUAUAUUUGUGGGGCUUAUUUCUGAGAAAAUAUCAUUAGGAUCAUGCUACCCAAAUGCAAAUGUUCAGUCUUUGCUUGAUUGCACAAUUAUUACUGUUGGGGUAUGAGGGUGCAUGCGUGUUUAAAUUGUGUUCAGUAGAACGUAUUUCAAAUUUUCCUGUUCUUUACAUAGGUAGCAGCCAGACACGCUAUGGGCAUUAAAAGCAUUUGGAAGAACUACAAAGUUUUGAUUGUUAUGGGACCUAGCCUUGUGUUGAUACACUGGGGCUGGUAUAACAUCAAAUCCAAUCCUAUGUUCCAGCCAAAGAUUGAGGACACUGUCCCUGACCCUGGCCUUGUGACAUACGUAUUGCAACAGGACAGCAAAAGUAAAGGAAAAUAG